GAUAAAAAGCCAGGAAAUGUGCAUCACCAAUUUCAAAAGCUCCUGACUGAAUUAAACAAACCCACUGAUGCAUAUGAGCUGAAGAUUGCCAACAGACUCUAUGGAGAAAAGACUUAUGAAUUCCUUCAGGAAUAUUUAGAUAAUGUUAAGGAAUUUUACCUGGCCGGUGUGGAAUCUGUCGAUUUUAAAAAUGCUGCAGAAGAAAGUGAAAAGAAGAUUAACUCCUGGGUGGAAACUCAAACAAAUGGUAAGAAGACUGCCCAUUAUAGAAACACUGUUGAGUAUCCUCUUGAAGAUAAACUCACUGCUGAGAAAUUGAUAGAAUGGACAAGCUCACAGAAUAUGAGCAAGAGAGAUGUGGAUUUAUACUUACCUCGGUUCAAAGUGGAAGAGAGAUAUGACCUCCGGGCCAUGUUGAUGGCCAUUGGGAUGGUGGACGUUUUCUCCCCGCAGGAUGCCGACCUCACAGGCAUGACUGGGAGCCGUGGUCUUGCGGUGACUAAAGUCCUACACAAGUCAUUUGUAGAGGUCACGGAGGAGGGAGCGGAGGCUGCCGCUGCCACGGGCAUAACUGUCAAGAUAACAUCUGCUCGUUAUCCAGUUCAUGAAGAGUUCCAUUGUAAUCACCCUUUUCUAUUCUUCAUCAAGCAAAAUAAGACCAACAGCAUCCUCUUCUUUGGCAGAGUCUCUUCCCCUUAGAUGUGAUUAGCCUGUAACUUUUGGAAGACGCUCACAGAGUUCUUCCAGUAAACUGAUGGCUGGAAACAAUAAGUUGUCUUGAUUCAUUUUUCUUUUCAAUCUCAUAGUCAUCACCAAGAAUUUAAUGAUUGAAAUAGCAUGUCUCUCUGUCUUUCUCUUUCUAAACACACAUAUAAAUCUACUUUCUCUCCAAUGCAAAUUGCCUUUGGGGAAAAAUGUCCAAUUGCAAGAUAAUAUGAAAGGUUAUUUCAAUACAAUAUCUUCUAAAUUUAAAAUACAAUUGUUUGGAACCUAUUUUAAAUGAA